GGAACAAGUCACACAGAGGAACCUGACUUUCCUUUGUGGGCUGACUCCUCCUCGUCCCAGUCUCCUCUUGUUGGGUUUUUCUUUCUUUCUUUACAUCCCUUGGUUGCACAGAACGGCAGAACAAUGAGCUAUAAAACUGGCACAAUGACGUUCAGCAGCGGUGGAAGCAGCAUGGGUGGUUUUGGUGUCCCUGGUGGCAUUGUCCGCAAAGCCACCUUCUCCAGCCGCUCAGCUGUCCCCUUGUCUUCUAGCCGCAUCAGCAGCGUAGCCGUCCAGCGGUCUGGCGGUGGCUUGGGUAGUGGAUAUGGUCUUGGAUCCGGUGGUGGGAGCAGCUACAGCUACAGUAUAUCCAGUGGUGGGUACGGUGGUGGGUAUGGUGGUGGAAUGGGUGGUGGUGGAAUGGGUGGUGGGUUCGGUGGUGGAAUGGGUGGUGGGUACGGUGGUGGAAUGGGUGGUGGAUUGGGUGGUGGAUUGGGUGGUGGGCUCGGAGGAGGCUACGGCGGUGGUGCUGGCUUUGUCGGUGCUCCUAUCACUGCUGUCACUGUCAACCAAAGCCUGUUGGCACCUCUCAACCUGGAGAUUGACUCCAACAUCCAGGCUGUCCGCACCCAGGAGAAGGAACAGAUCAAGACCCUCAACAACCGCUUUGCCUCCUUCAUCGAUAAGGUCAGGUUCCUGGAACAGCAGAACAAGAUGCUGGAGACCAAGUGGAACCUCUUGCAGGGUCAGACCACAUCCCACUCCAAUCUCGAUGCUAUGUAUGAGGCCUACAUCAGCAACCUCCGCAGGCAGCUCGAUAACCUUGGCAAUGAGAAGAUCAGGCUGGAAAGUGACCUGAAGAACAUGCAGAAUCUGGUGGAGGAUUUCAAGAACAAAUAUGAAGAUGAAAUCAACAAGCGUGCAGCAGUAGAAAAUGAAUUUGUCCUGCUCAAGAAGGACGUUGAUGCCGCUUACAUGAACAAAGUGGAAUUGGAAGCCAAAGUUGAUAGCCUUCAGGAUGAAAUCAACUUCCUCAGGGCACUCUUCGAGGCGGAGUUGGCAGAACUGCAGAGCCAGAUUAAGGACACCUCUGUUGUGGUGGAGAUGGACAACAGCCGCAACCUUGACAUGGAUGCAAUUGUGGCCGAAGUGCGUGCCCAAUAUGAGGACAUUGCCAACCGCAGCCGUGCUGAGGCUGAGUCGUGGUACAAGCAGAAGUAUGAUGAACUGCAGACCUCAGCAGGCAAAUUCGGUGAUGACCUGCGCAAUACCAAGUCCGAGAUUUCCGAUCUGAAUCGCAUGAUCACUCGUCUACAGAAUGAGAUCGAGGCUGUCAAGGGACAGCGUGCUAACCUGGAGGCACAGAUUGCUGAGGCUGAAGAGCGUGGAGAGCUGGCAGUGAAGGAUGCCAAGGCUCGCAUCAAGGAGCUGGAGGAAGCCUUGCAGAGAGCCAAGCAAGACAUGGCCCGCCAGGUGCGCGAGUACCAGGAGCUGAUGAAUGUCAAGCUGGCCCUGGACAUUGAGAUUGCCACCUACAGGAAGCUGCUGGAAGGAGAGGAGAGCCGGCUGGCCAGUGGUGGUUGCCCUACUACCGUCCAUGUACAGAGCUCCAGCAGUUUCUCCCUUGACAGUGCUCUUGGAUUGGGCAGUGGUGGAGGAUUUGGCGGUGGUUCAGGAGUCGGCGGUGGUGCAGGAUUUGGCGGUGGUUCAGGAUUUGGUGGUGGUUCAGGAUUUGGUGGAAGUGCUGGACUUGGUGGAGGUAUUGGAUUUAGUGGAGGUACUGGAUAUGGCAUAGGUAGCAGCAGUGGCUCCACGAUUUCCAAAACCAGCAGGGUCACCACCUCAGCCACAAGGCGCUUAUAAAGAGGAGGCAACCCUGCCCCACAGUCCUAAUUGCCCCCUCCCCCAUGCUUAUUCAGAAAUGCAACUCACAUACAGUAACUGCUGAAACAGUUGUUUCCCUGGCAAACAGCAACAGAGCUUUCAUUGAUGCAGUGAGCGGAGGACAACCACCCCACCUCUCACCCUCACUUACCACUUAGGCACAUUAGGGGAAGGAAAUAAGAACAGAAGACAGUGGUUUUCUAUAGCCAGAAUCGACCAAAGCCUUUUCUGUCUUGUACUUUAAGUUUUCUCUCAAUGGCAGCAAGUAAAACAUGAAAAUACCAAACUACAGAAAUAUCCCUGCCUUUUCCUGUUGUCAGUUUUUUUCUUAGACAGUCACGUAUGUAAUAGAAGGAAUGAAUACAAUGAGAUUAACAAGGAUACAGGAAGGGUAAAUCUUGCCUUGAAGAAGUUUUGUAGUUGUUUCCCCUCUAACCAGCCAACCUGCCUCCAAUGCCGCCAAAACCUGCAGGGAGUCAGGGUCACAGCAUCACAGCAAAGGGCAGCGGGACCACAGUAAUGCAACAGUCACUGUAAUGCUGGUAUCACACUGUGGCACUACCCUGCAUCGCUGUCCAUGCAUCCUAAGAGGAUCUGCACGGUGCUUCUAUUUCUCUGCGUACAGGAAGAGGUAGAGUCACACCACGGGUAGAUGGACAAGAGACACAGUGAAGUAUGUCCGCAUAUUUCAGCUGACUUUAGCCCUCCUGUUCCUCGACUCCAUGGUCUCCCUACGCGGCCAAAUGAAUAACAGGCAUCUGGAGUUAUGAGCUAUGAGGGGUCCCCUCCUUGAAGAAGGAAGUUUGUACUGAGCUGGUUUUGAGAAACCCACAGAGGUGACGUUAGCCUUUACUACAUUACUCCUUUCUCAGGGAUGAUGGGAGCAUCAAACAGGCUUGGAGAUUACCUUGCUUUUUGUGUUUGUUUCCUUGUUAUUUUGUUCUAAAAGUAAAAGUCUGACAUGUCGUGACUGGACUGAUGUGGCCAAAUUGAAAAUGUAACACCAAAAAAACUGAAUAAAUUCCAAGUCCUACAAUA